AUGAUAGCAACAAGACCUCGCAUACUCUUCUUUGAUCCGGUAAGACAUGCUUUGGCCGCAUUUGAAGCGCUGUGCCAAGUCGCACAAUGUGAAGUGGUGACGAGUAAGUCGCGGAAGGAAUUCUUCACAGAUGUUCGCGACAAGUAUCACAAUGUUCAAGCGAUUUACAGGACUUCUGCUAGCGGUGCAAUUGCCGGGAAUUUUGACAAGGAGUUCAUCGACCAUCUCCCGCCGACCCUGAAAUUCAUCUGCCACAAUGGAGCAGGCUAUGAUCAGAUCGAUGUGGAUGCGUGUGCCAUGCGGAACAUCACUGUCACCUACGCACCUGAUCCGGUGACGAAUGCAACUGCAGACCUGGCGGUGUUCUUGCUUCUUGGAGCUUUGAGACAGUUAAACCCCGCCAUCAACAGCAUCCACGAGGGCAACUUCAAAAAGGGAGUUGACUUUGGGCAUGACCCUGAAGGAAAGACAUUGGGUAUCCUUGGUAUGGGCCGUAUUGGCAAGGCGGUCGUACAAAGGGUCCGGCCUUUCGGCAUGAAUGCAAUUUACCACAAUCGAAGAGAGCUUCCAGCUGACCAAGCUGAUGGAGCAACAUAUGUUUCCUUUGACCAGUUGUUGUCCGACAGCGACGUCCUUUCCGUCCAUGUGCCCCUGACCAAAGGUACCAGGCAUCUCAUCGGGAAGGAUCAGAUCGCAAAGAUGAAACCUGGCGUUGUCAUUGUCAACACUGCGCGCGGCGCAAUCCUUGACGAGGCCGCCAUGGCAGAAGCGCUGGAUGCCGGAAAAAUUGCAGCAGUCGGUCUGGAUGUGUAUGAAAAGGAGCCCGAAGUCGAUGAGAGACUAUUGAGAAACGAGCGAGCUUUGCUGAUCCCACAUCUCGGUACGCAUACGACGGAGACUCUGGCGAGUAUGGAGACACUAGCCAUGGAGAAUGCCCGCCGCGGUGUCCUAGGGGAACCGCCUUUGACGAUAGUUCCUGAGCAGUUACCACAAAAAUAG